AUGCACCUGACACGUGAAAUCAUCAUCUCGAAGCUCCCUGCUGCAAUCAUUCUCAAGCUGAAAACCUCACACCUGUUUCGCGCGGGAAUAUUCCCUGCUCACGAAUUUCAAUUACCCCCGCAACCUUGGAAUCGGACACCUGGCAACAUCGCCUUCCCCCAACCCUCAGUCCCCGACCAUUGCAAAGCCGACAUGGCGAACCGACAGAUCACACGACGCAUCACCAUCAGCGCAGCAAUCUCACUAUGCCUUAUCUUCUUCCUCUUUAUCCGACCGCAAGGGCCGCCGAGCCCCGCAAUCCGCGCCCCCGGCCACAUCGACCACUCCGCUCCGGCCUCCGUGCCGGCGAUAACCAUCCAUGACAGCACCCUGAAGGGAGAUGUGGUGAUGCCGAAGCUGGGCAACGAGACAGUCAAGGCUGAGUUAGGUCGUGCGACUUGGAAGUACUUCCAUACUGUCAUGGCGCGGUUCCCGGAGACACCUACGGAUGAUCAGAAGGAAGCACUGCGCUCUUACAUAUACCUAUUUGCCCGGUUAUAUCCUUGUGGAGAAUGUGCCGAGCAUUUCCAACAGCAUUUGAAAAAAUAUCCGCCCCAGGUGUCGUCGCGUAAUGCGGCUUCUGGGUGGGCUUGCUUUAUUCAUAAUGAGGUCAAUGCUAUGCUUGAUAAGCCUGAAUUUGAUUGUGCCAAUCUGGGGGAUUUCUAUGAUUGUGGCUGCAAAGAAGAUGAGGGUGGCAAGGGGGAGGAGGGGUCGGCUGCUUCUCGGUCUGAUGCUGCGAAGGAGGGCACGAGACAGCACGAUGGCCCUGCAGUGGAGAUCUCGAAGGAAGACGGUACAGAUGCCCCUGGUGCCAUCAUCGAAUCAGUAAUGUCGAGAACGCGUCGCUUCGAACGCAUUCAUUACGUUGUCGAACCUGUCGAAGAGUAUCGUGCUGGAGGUUACCACCCAGUCCACCUCGAAGAUACUUUCCACGACAGGUAUCGGAUUGUUGGGAAAUGGGCCUAUGGCCAGUUUUCUACAGUUUGGAUUGCCGAAGAUACAAGGUUACUCGAAAGAUAUGUUACGUUGAAGAUUCUCAAGGCCGAUAUCUCAAGUAACAGCCAAGAAAGUUCUAUCCUCCAGCACUUGUCGGAAGCAGAUACACAUCAUCCGGGGAAACCCCACGUUUUGCAAUUAUUGGAUCAGUUUGAGCACGAAGGGCCUAAUGGCCUACAUCUUUGUCUCGUCUUCCCAGUCAUGAUGUCAGACGGUGAGGAAAUUACUAUGCAGCAAGAACCACGCUUCCCAGAUUAUGUUCGCGAGAUUUCGAAACAAAUAUUGCUCGGGUUGAAGUAUCUUCACGACCAGGGCCUUAUUCAUGGCGACCUCCAACCAGCCAACAUACUGUUCACCCAGAACUGCGACUUCACAAGCGACAUGUUCAAGGAACCCGAAUUUAGUCCUGUCAAAUGGCUUCCAGGGGUUGAAAUAGAUAACAGUGCUCCGCAGUAUCUUAUGUGUUCGCAGCGGCCCUAUGGAAUGCUAGCCAGUGCAUCCUCCUCGACACUUCUAGUCAAGAUUGGUGAUAUGGGCGGAGCUAUGUGGAACACACAAGAUAAAUCUCGUCCUGUCACGCCCGUAGCGUUGAGGGCACCUGAGUUACUUCAACCCCAUUCGUGGAAUGAGAAGGCAGACAUAUGGGCUCUAGGGUGUUUGAUAUUUCAACUUGCUACAAACGAGCCACUAUUUCCGAUCCUGGCUUGGGGCUGCACGACUGACGAGGUUCAUGAGUUACUACGAUCUCUCAUGCGCAAGCUAUUUGAGAACGGCAAUCAGAGAUUUGCUGUCUACCUUAGUGAGAGAUUACCGACUGAUUUUGGCAAAGAAAAUACCGAGCAACUUGCAAAUCUUCUUUGGUCAACAUUGCAGGAACGUCCGGAAGAUCGAGAAUCAACCGCCAGACUUCUUAAUCAUCCAUUUUUAGUUGGAUGA